CCCUGUCAAAAAAUAACCUUCCCGCAUCCACCAACCUCCACAUCCACCACCCCACCGCCGCCGUCGCCGUUGCCGUCCACCAACCCACCGCAGCUCGCCACCUCCACCUCCACAUCUCCACGCACAGCCGGCAAAUCGCAAUGUCAAAAGUCGGCACCCUCGUCUUCUGCGCCGACUGCGGCAACCUCCUCGAUCGCUCGCCGGGCAGCGACAAACUCACCUGCGAGAUGUGCCACUCCGUCACGACCGACGACGCAACGCAAUCUACCACUACUCAGUCGACCGCGGCAGCGUUCCCCUCCUCGCUAAGGCUGAAGCGGUCGGCCGUGCAGACUAUUGCGCCGGAGGAUUUGCACACCGAGGCGAAGAUCUCGCAGGUGUGUCCCGAGUGCAGCAGUCCAGAGAUGUGGUUUUACACACUGCAGCUGCGGAGUGCCGAUGAAGGUGCUACGGUUUUCUACAGGUGUGAGUGUGGCCAUCGGUUCAACACCAACAAUUGAGGAAGAACGGAGUGGCGAAAGAAAAGGCGUUUGGCGAUAUCCGAUUGUACAGUCAUAAUCAUAGAUC